AUGUCGGAAUUACCAGCGAUUCGUUGGGGAAUCAUUGCAACGGGGAUGAUCUCAUCCUGGUUCGUGGAAGACCUUCUGGUCUCCAGAUCAGAUGCCAAAGUCAAGCAUAUUGUGCAGGCAAUUGGGAGUUCAUCUGUUGAGAAAGGCAAUGAUUUCGCGAAGAAGUACUGCCCAUCCGGUACUCCAGCGAUCUAUGGAUCGUAUGGCGAAGUCUACGCAGAUGAGAACGUGGACAUUGUCUACAUCGGAACCCCGCAUGCCUUCCACAGACAGAAUUGCAUAGAUGCCAUUGCCGCCGGCAAGCCGAUUCUGUGCGAGAAGGCAUUCACCCUCAACGCCCGACACGCCAAAGAAGUAUUUGCAUUCGCCAAGGAAAAACAGGUGUAUGUCGCUGAAGCGAUGUGGCUCCGUCACCGGCCUCUGGUGCAGGACUUGCAACGUAUGCUGCACAAGGAAAAGGUCAUUGGCGAUGUUUUCAGAGUGUACUCAGAGUUUGGCUUGGGACUGGAUAUCCCCAACUUGCCUGACAGUUCCCGCUACAAGCAGCUUCACCUGGGCGCCGGUUCACUGCUGGAUCUUGGCAUUUACACCUUGACGUGGGCAAUUCUCGGCUUGGACGCAGGCACCCCAACCGCAUCCGAGAUGCCCGAGAUUCUUGCUGCUCAAACCCACCACGGGGAUGUCGAAGUGACUACCAGUGUCAUUCUCAAGUAUCCAUCCACGGGCAGACAAGGUGUAGUGACGUCUACCACUAUGGCAACUGGCAACCCUGAUGUUUUGGCACGCAUUCAAGGAACAAACGGAAGUAUCGAGGUCCAUGGAACAGUUCCAUCGGACCCAGAUGCUUUUACCGUCUAUUCCAAAUUCGAAAGGGAUCAAACCGCUGGCGUCAUUCAAAGGGACGCAGGGAAGAAGUACGACUAUAAGCCAGUUGGCAGAGGAUACUAUUGGGAAGCCGACAAUGCUGCUUUGGACGUUUUGGCAGGCAAGUUAGAGAGUUCAAUCAUGCCAUGGUCUGAGACAAUCCGAGUUAUGGAAAUCAUGGAUGAAAUCCGGCGGCAGGGCGCAACAGUGUAUCCUCAAGAUGCGGAGUGA